AAACGGCGGCUGUGGAGCGGGGACUGCGAGUAGCUCAGGGCGGGAGCUGGCGGAGCGGACGCGGGGGUUCUGUGGGGAGCGCGGGGCCCGCCAUGGCGGUGAACCUGAGCCGGAAUGGGCCGGCGCUGCAGGAGGCCUACGUGCGGGUGGUCGCCGAGAAGUCCCCGACUGAUUGGGCCCUGUUCACUUAUGAAGGCAAUAGCAAUGACAUCCGCUUGGCCGGCACCGGGGAGGGAGGCCUGGAGGAGAUGGUGGAAGAGCUGAGCAGUGGGAAGGUGAUGUACGCCUUCUGCAGGGUGAAGGACCCCAACUCCGGGCUGCCCAAGUUUGUGCUCAUCAACUGGACAGGCGAAGGCGUGAAUGAUGCACGGAAGGGAGCGUGUGCCAACCAUGUCAGCACCAUGGCCAACUUCCUGAAGGGCGCCCACGUGACUGUCAAUGCCCGGGCUGAGGAGGACGUGGAGCCCGAGGCCAUCAUGCAGAAGGUGGCCAAGGCCUCGGGGGCCAACUACAACUUCCACCGGGAGAGCAGCCGCUUCCAGGACACCGGGCCCCAGGCCCCUGUGGGCUCUGUCUACCAAAAGACCAAUGCCGUAUCCGAGAUCAAGAGGGUUGGCAAAGACAGCUUCUGGGCCAAAGCCGAGAAGGACGAGGAGAACCGCAAGCUGGAGGAGCGGCGGCGGGUGGAGCAGGAGCGGCAGCAGGCAGAGGAGGAGCGGCGGGAGCGGGAGCUGCGGGAGGCCGCCCGCCGGGAGCAGCAGUAUCGGGAGCGGGACUGCGAGGCAGGCCCCCCGAGGAAUUUUGAACAGCACCGAGAUGCAUUUUCAAGGACCAGAGAGGAGCAGGAGCCCACCUGUCCACAGCCGGUGCACCCCCGGGAGCUCUUCAAGCAGAAGGAGAGGGCCAUGUCCACCACUUCGAUCACCAGUUCCCAGCCAGGCAAGCUGAGGAGCCCUUUCCUGCAGAAGCAGCUCACGCAACCAGAGACGCCCCUUGCCAGAACACCGGCUCCCACCUCCCCAGGGCCCAGGGCAGGCAAGGCGCUGGAUUUCCAUGAGGAGCCGGCACCCAGCAUCCCUCGGUCUCCAGUGAAGGCAGAGGAGGAAGACGAGGCUAUCUACGAGGAUCCCCCGGAGCAGGAGAAUCUCUACGAGGAGCCCCCGACGGUGCAGCAGGAGGAAGCCAGCUCAGGACAUGCCAGCCACUAUGAGCAGGGGCCAGGGCUCGGGGGAAACGGGCUCUGUGCACGGGCCCUAUAUGACUACCAGGCAGCUGACGACACAGAGAUCUCCUUCGACCCUGAGGACCUCAUCACGGGCAUCGAGGUGAUCGAUGAAGGCUGGUGGCGCGGCUAUGGACCGGACGGCCACUUCGGCAUGUUCCCUGCCAACUACGUGGAGCUCAUCGAGUGAAGACUUGCUGGGGGACGAGGCCCGGCCGAGGCUGCCUGGGCCCCUCCCCACCAAGACCUGGGUUCCCUGUUGCUGGAAGGGGACAGCACAGGAAUGGGUCCACCCCCCAGGAAUAGGAUCCCCCUAAGGAAAUGAGGUCUCAGGCACCCUCUAGCCGAGCUGGCUCAGCCUCUGUCACCCAAUUGCAGCAAUAACUUGGCAAUUCCCAAACACGCUUCUGGUGGCCCCACAGCCCUCCCUACAGCCAGCCUCCCCCAUGCACCCCCAGAGCUGUGGGCCGGGCAGUCUGAGCUGGGGGGUCUGAGCAGGUGCCCACUCCCUCCCCACCCACUCAUGGCACAGUGAGCUGAGAGCACUGCGUGAAGCAGUUUGUGGCCUGUGAUGACGCUGAGGGCAGCGGCUGCCCUGCUGGAGCCCGCCCUGCGGCCCGGCCCAGCCCAUCUCUCCGGCCCCUCGCCUGAUGAGCAGGGUCAGUGGGGACAGUGACCUCCAUGGGCUCCUCUCACCCUGACCACAGCCACUUCCUGGCAGAGCUCUUGUCUUAGGGAAAAGGAACCAAGUGCCCUGUGUUGGCUGCCUUCCCCCUCCCCCCUCCCCCACCCUGACCUCUUUAAGUCUCUGAGGACCAGAGCUGCUUUGGGACUCAGAGCUGCAGGUGGUCCCCUCAGGUGUCCAUGGGUCUACUCUGCGCCCUGGGGGUGGGGGGGUGCCUGACCCUCAGCAACCUGAUGAGGCAUAAACAUCCACGUGUAGCUCCA